CUGCUCAACUGUCUGAUAAGCGUCAAUUGUCAUCGGAAUAUUUACACCAUUUAGUCGUCAGUUGAGACUCAAACUUCAUCCAAGAUGGUUCAGCGAAAUCUCUUUCUUAUCUCCUCGUCCAAAGUGCACGGCUUCGAGUACCUUCAGCACUCCAAGCAAGCCCUCACGGACUUCUUCAAGAAGCACAACGUCUCCAAGAUACUCUUCGUGCCCUUUGCGCUGUUCAACUACGACAAGUACACGAAGAAAGUCGGCGAUGUGCUGACUUCCUGGGGCUACGAAGUCGAGGGAAUUCACCGCCAGGAAGAUCCCGUAGAUGCCGUGCGCAAGGCAGAAGCCAUCUACGUGGGCGGCGGCAACACAUUCCUCCUGCUGAAGACGCUGUGCGAGAAGAAUCUGAUCGAGGCCAUCCGGGAGCGCAUCUUCAGCGGAAAUGCCGUGUACGUGGGCAGCAGUGCUGGCACAAAUGUCGCGACAAUCAACAUCAAGACAACCAACGACAUGCCAAUCAUCUAUCCGCCCACUUUCGACGCCCUGGCGCUCGUGCCCUUCAACAUCAAUCCACACUAUCUCGACCCAGUGACCGGAAGCACGCAUCACGGCGAGACUCGCCAGCAGCGCAUCGAGGAGUUCCACCAUCUCAACACCACUCCCGUUCUCGGACUGCGCGAGGGCACGAGCCUUCUGGUUGAGGACGACAAGGUGACUCUCCUGGGAGACUUCAAUGCCAGACUGUUCAUGAAGUCGAAAGCCCCCGUUGAAGUGCCUCCGAACUCCGACUUGAGCUUCCUGCUGAGAGUCUGAGAGACACUCUCAGCCCAAUGAUGUGACCGCCUUGGCAAUAAAGAUGACAUGCAGAGAUUU